AUGAGAUCGACUAAGUCUCUCGAUCUGCCUCGCAGUCCUAAGCGGCCUAUUGACAGCACCGAUAUCUCAUCGACUAAUAGUAUGAUUCCCCCUGUCAAGAAAUCCUGCCUUGCCAAUCUAGCUGGCUCAAUGAUGCCCAAGUUCGCAGGUUCAGGCUCUGUCGACAAUCUGCAGCGCGAUCUCCCAACCUCACACGACGUCGACACCGUCUCAGCAUAUGAAAUCACGACAGAAGUGAUUGACGACGAUGCCCUGAUGGUUUUCGCUUCCCCACUUGCCAUUGAUCCAGCUCCUGGCCUUCCUUCACCGCCACCUUCUGAAGCAAGAGCCUCGCCGGCUACAGACACAAAAUUGCAAGCUCCUCGUGGUCCACCGAAGCAAAUUUUAGAUCUCCCAGACAAAGUCCUUGGCAAAAUCCUCAUCUACGUCCUUGUUCCACCACGACUGGAGAAUGAAACUGUCCGACCUUUCUACAAGAAAGGAAUGCUCGCCGGGUACAUCAGAACUGGAAAUGAAAUUGAGACCAAUAUCGGACAUGAGGUCACCAAGAAUAACAUCGACAUUGCUCAGACCAUGCUGGUGUGUAAUAAAUUCGCAGAACUCGGUCGAGAGGCUUUCUACGGAAGUGCGUGGUUUCAAUUCAGCGAUCCUGAUGCCUUCAAGUGGUGGUUGAGACAUAUCGGCACCAAGAAUCUUGCGCACGUUCGAAAACUCGCGAUAACCGUCUAUCCCGGCUUCACCACAGCUCACGCCAUCCGAAGCGUCUUUGACUUGAGUGCCGAAGAGAAAUAUCUCCAAGCUUUCCAGGAGUUACGCAGAAAACACAAGCUGCAUUAUCUUGAGGUUGUAGUCAUCUCUCGCGACUACUGGGGUAGAUCGAUAUUGAUCGACUCUGCCGACCAUGACGAAGUACACAAAUAUCGACAACUCCUCCUGGAUGAACUUCUGAGAUAUCGCAACCUAAGAAUGGCUAAACUUCAAGACACCACGCGAUUCUGGGGAAAUAGGGAACAACUGCGUCAGUGCUCAGUGCUUUUGUGUCGGAAAGAGGACGUCGAGAGAGCAAUCUGUAAGCCUCGCACCAAACGCAUGAGUCUGGCAAGGUUGAUGGAAGAGAUUCGAGUCAACCGGGAGCUAGAGGAAAUGGCUUCACGAGGUUCGGUGUAUUAUGACGACGAUUAUGACGGAGUGUAUCCUGCCUCUCGUCAGAUGAGCCGCCAGAGCGAGGGAGGUAUCAACACUAGAAUCUACCACGCGCAGAGUCGACCAGCCAAACCGAUGAAUUCACUCUUGUCUUCUAGCCUGAAAGGCAAGAGAGCCAACACAUACUCGAGGAAAAGUCGGCGUUCUGCACUACAACACGAGUUGUUUCGUUGA